AUGGCCGACGAGAGCAAGGCCGAGGCCGCCCCCGCGGCGCCCGCGGAGUCGCCGCCGCGGGACCCGUCGCCGGAGCCCAGCGAGAAGAAGCGGCGCAAGCCGCGGCCCAAGGGGGCGCGCCAGCUGCUGCUGGCGCUGGAGAAGUGCGAGGAGGAAUUGGAGCUCAUGACGCAGCGCGCCAAGGCCGAGGCCGCCGUCGUCAAGGCCAAGGACGGCGUCAUCCAGGGCAUGUGGGAGGAGAUCGAGAAGGCCGAGCGCAAGGGCGAGGCGACGGCGGCCCUCGUGGAGAAGGUCAUCAUGGCCAAGGUCGUCCAGAGCAGCAACCGCGCGGAGGCGCUCGAGCGGCGCCUCAAGAACGCGCGCUUCGUCUCCGAGGCGUCGGAGCGCCUCGCCGCCGAGGCCGUCGUCGAGCGCCUAGCCGCGGGCAAGGAGGCGGCGGAGAACGCGCGCCACAUGCGGCGCCUGAGCCGCCACGUCGACGCGAUGCGGAAGCGCGAGACGCGCGAGACGCUCGGCGAGGUCCACGCGGUGCGGCUCGCGGCGAUCAACGCGGCGGAGACGGCCGUGCGCGACUUCGAGAGCGACCCGGAGCUGACGCUGCCCAUCGGCACGACGAAGCGGCGGAACCUGCAGAAGACGCGCGCGAAGCUCCGCGCGCUCGUCCACGACCGCGACUCCGCGAACGACAUGGCCGAGCGGCUCGACGGCGUCGCCCGCCUGGACGACGCGACGCGCACGGCGGCGGCGCGCGGCGACGGCGAGACCGUGAGAUUGCUGGCGAGCCGCGGCGGCAAGGUCGACGAGCCGGACGCGUUCGGCGCGACCGCGCUCGACUACGCGUGCGGCCGCGGCAGCAAGGAGGCCGUGCGCGCCUGCCUCGACGCCGGCGCCGACGCGCUGGGCGACGCGCUGGGGCUUGGGGAGAUUUUUGUCACCAAGAAGAACGCGCGGACCUUGGUCAAGGAGACGCCGCCGGAGAAGAUUCUGAACCCCUACCUCGCGUCCGCGGCCGCGUCCGCCAAGGUCGCCCGCGACUCGUCCGGCCCGAGCCUGUCGCAGGCGGCGCUCUCCCACAGCGCGUCGGCCAAGUCCGGCGAGCUCCGCGGCUACACGGAGGCCGAGGCGCUCGCGUGCUCCGCGAGCCGGCCCUUGGUUUUGGCGUCCGCGCGGGGCCACGUCGACGUCGUCCAGGUGCUCCUGGACCACGUCGGCGAGGGCCCGCCCCUCGAAAGGUUGCUGGCCGCCACGGACUCGCGCCACCGCACGCCGCUCCACACGGCCUGCGCGAACUCGCGCGCGCACAUCGCGAAGCUCCUCGUGCACGCGGGCGCGGUUUUGGACGCCGUCGACGCGUCGGGCGCGACGCCCCUCCACCUCGUCGCCGCCUGCGAGACGGGCAGCGACGACGACGUCGUCGAGAUCGCCAAGCUGCUCACCGCGCGCGGCGCGAACCAGACGCUCCGCAACUCCGCGAGCGAGCGGCCCGUGGACACGGCGCACCAGCGCGGCCGCCGCUCCGUCAUCAUCGCGCUCAACGACGCCUGGGACGAGUUCAAGGCCGCGGAGCACCCGCCCAUCGUCCUGGAAAAGCUCAACCUGCCGCUCAACGGCGACAUUUUGGAGGACGAAUUGAUCACCGAGGAGGAGCAGGCCUUCCUCCGCGACGAGAUCGAGCCGCGCCUCGGCAUCGAUUCAUCGUCGAUCCUCGCGGCGUUCGACGAGACGUCGAAGGCGCGGAUCGGCGUCCGCAUCUUCCGCGGCAUGAUCACGAACAACAAGGGUCCCAUGGACGCGCGCGUCCAGGAGGCCGUCGAGGCCUACGGCCGCCUGAGCGCGUGGCUCGCCGAGCACGGGGACGUGCUCGCCGCGCCGCGCGCCGGCGAAGCCGUCGUGGCCGGCGCCAUGGGCACGACGCUCGGCGGCGUCGACCUCUACGGCCACGUCGUCUGGGCCGAGAAGCUGGGCGACAUCGGCGCCGUCGUCGAUGUCCCCGUCUCCGAAGACGACGCGAAGGCGAUUCGCCUGAAGACCAUGGAGGCGAUCCGCUGCGCGCAGAUCCGGGCCUGCGAGCGCCGCGGGCCGCAGCGCUACAAGCAGGUCUACAUCGUCGACCUCGGCGCCGUGUCCCUGACGUCGCUCAUGUCCCGCGGCUCCGUGCGCGCGAUGACGGCGGCGAUCAUCACCGGCGCGAACGCCUACUACCCGGAGACGCUCUGGAAGAUGUUCCUCGUCAACGCGCCGUGGUCCGUGCGCUCCGUCUACGCGAUGAUCUCGCCGAUGAUCCACGAGGUCACCAAGGCGAAGAUCAAGAUCCUCGGCGGGCCGUCCAAGUACCUGCCGGAGCUCGAGAAGAACGGCGUCCCGCGGGCCGCCGUGCCCAAAUCGCUCGGCGGCGGCUGCGACGAGACGCCGCUCGCGAAGCUGAUCGCGGAGCUCGUCGCCGACGGCUUCCCGCGCGCGGCGCGGAAGCAGGCGCGCCUCGCCGCGCGCCUCGAGGACGCCGCCGAGGACGCCGCCGAGGACGCCGCGGACGCCCCGCGGACCGUCUCCGUCGCCGCCGUCGGCGUCGCCUUCGCCGCGGCGUCCGCGGCCGCGGCCGCGGGCGCCUUCCUCGCGUUCCUGGCGAUGGGGUCCAUGAUGGUCAGCGACGCGCAGAAGUACACGCCCAUGGCCGCCGACGGCAUGAGCCUCGACCUCGGGAAGGUGCCCGCCUACGCCGAGUUCGUCGCCGCGCGCAACAUCUCGAACGUCAUGCCCGCGGGCUCGAACGGCGAGUCGCUGUCGCUGACCGUCGCGGAGCGCGAGGCGCUCCUGGAGGCCUGGGUCGCCGCGGCCGCGCCGCUCAAGCUCAACGUCUACAUGCACAUCGGCUCCGAGUCCAUCGUCGACUCGAUCGAGCUCGCGCGCCACGCGGGCACCGUCAAGGGCUGCAGGGGCAUCGUGUCCAUGACGCCGGUCUACUUCAAGCCCACGGUCGACUCGCUCAUCGAGUUCCUCGCGCCCGUGGCGGCCGCCGCGCCGGAGCUGCCCUUCUGGUACUACCACUUCCCCGACGACACGGGCGUACUGCCCGGCGCCGCGCACACGUUCCUCGAGCAGGCGGACGCGUCCGGCGCGAUCCCGACGCUCAUGGGCAUCAAGUUCACGGCGCGGCCGCCGCGCCGUCGUUCCCUUCGCGAAUAUCCGAUCCGCUGCGUCGCCGUCGGCGGCGGCAAGUACAACAUGCUCUACGGCCGCGACGAGAUGGCGCUGUCCGCGCUGGCCAUGGGCGCGGCCGCGGCCGUGUCGUCGACGAUCGGCUACUCGCCGACGCUCCGCGACGCGCUCCGCCUCUGGGCCGCGGGCGACACGGCCGGCGCCCUCGAAGCGCAGGCGAGGAACGCGGACCUCUGCACCUACUUCGCCCAGUACGAGACGCAGGCGAAGAACGUGCAGAAGGCGCUCAUGAAGGCCGUCGGCAUGGAUUCCGCGGGCCGGCGGCAGAAGCAGCUCGACGAGGGCGACAUCAGCACGUCCAUCUACGAGGGCGCCGACCUCGAGCGGCUGCGCGGCAUGGGCGAGGCGCGCACGGCGCUCAUCAAGAAGGUGCGGCGCCUGACGGACCGCAUCCGGCGGCAGAUGGCGAAGAACGCGACGAUCAACGGGUCCUGGUACAAGCUCUUCAAGAACUACGACAAGAACAACAGCGGCGACAUCACGUUCGACGAGCUGCGCUACGUCGUCUACAAGGAGCUCGAGGUGUCGAAGCUCGAGAUGGCGCCGCGGGAGCUGCGCCUCGUCUGGAGCGUGCUCGACCGCAACGGCGACAACUCCGUGACCAUCGAGGAGUUCGCGUCCUUCAUGCGGCGCCUCGAGUCGAACAAGAUCGACCACGUCAUCAUCGAGGCCGUCGACAAGCAGCUCGUCGAGGGCUUCCGGAGCCCGCCGCCCCCCGACGGCGGCACGCCGGGCCCGGAGACGCGGAAAGCCAACUCGCCGAGCCGCGGCAGCUUCGGCGACGCCGCGUCCGUGCGGACCGCGCCCGUGAGCCCGACGGCGCUGCCGCGCGAGCCCGCGACGAUCACGCUGCGCCACAGCCACUCCGACGGGUCCAUCGCGACGUGGCUGCGGAGCUACCGCACCAUCGGCGGCUACAGCAGCCUCGGGCGGAACCGGGGCUUCCAGAUGGGCCGGCCGCCGGAAGACAACGAGUCCGUCAAGUCCAUCGUGCCGCGGCUCGAGUACAACUUCUCCGCGCGCCAGCUCCAGCGCAUGAAGUUCGGCGAGCGGCUGAGCCACGGCGGCGGCGAGCGCUACCCGCUCAUGGACCGCGCGCGGACCGCGGACCGCCUCUUCGAGUCCGACGACGGCCAGCCCGUCUUCCGCUCGCUGUCCGAGGUCACGGCGGCGUCGUCGUCGCCCCUCGGCGGCACGGCGCCCAUCCUCCCCCUCAAGCAGGACUCCCACUGGUCCAUGCGCCUCGCCAACAUCCCGACGCACUCCACGCUCUCGAGGCAACACUCCAAGUUCAUGGACAUCAAGAUGAACUCGAGCUCCACACCCGCGGCCUCCGCGGCCACCGUCCAGCUCUCCACCAUGUCCUUAGGAUGGAACACCGAGAGCGCGUUGAUGCCGUCGAAGGCGAAGAAGAUCGAGGCGCCGAAGGGCUCCAUGGCGGGCCUCAAGUCGCAGGUCUUCAAGACGUCCCUCGACGCCGCGGCCCAGGCCUCCGGCGGCGGGCGCAAGUACGCGCGGGGCACGGCGACGGCGCGGCGCGGCGGCGCCGACGACCUCGACAACGCCGGGCGCAAGCGGCCGAAGCUCGCGAGGAAGCGCGAGGCGGCGGCGCCGCGCGACGCGGAGGAGGACGAGCGCGAGGCGCUCUCGCGGCGGAAGCUCGCGGCCAAGGCGCAGCUCUACGAGGACUUAAGGGCCGGCGAGGCGCGCGCGCCCGCGGAGCUCCUCGUCGACUUCGGGGGCGGCGCCGCGGCGCCGCCGGGUCCGCCCGUCGACGAGUUCGGCCGCGAGCUGCCGCCCGGCGCGGCGCCGCCGCGCGCGCGCGUCGCGGACGAGGACCACGGCGGCGGCACGCGCUGGGCCUGGAGCCGGGGCGACGCGGCGCCGGCGCCCGACGGCGGGACCGUCAAGGAGAUGCUCGAGGUCGCCGCGCGGCGCGCGGCGCCGCCGGCCGAGGACGCGCCGGCCCCCGUGGACGGCGGCGUCAAGUCGCAGUGGGAGAAGACGCUCCACCGGUCCGCCAAGGGCCACCUCGACGAGAUCCACGCCGAGGCGGAGAAGGAGCGCGCCGCGGCGCCCGCGCGCGCGGCCGCGCGCGACGCGCGCGUCAAGGGGCUCGUCGCGCUGCGCGCGCGGCUGGCGGCCCGGGACGACGACGACGACGGCGCGGCGUAA